AUGUGUAUCAAUCGCAAGAAAUCGCUGAACAGCAAUUCUAAGGAGCAAAAGCCACAGAUAAGCGCAUCAUCGAAUGCUGAAAGUCAAAAACCAAGCCCUGCACAAAGUGGGGCGGCAGUCAGUAGUUUGCCAACGAAGGAGAAAGAUAAAGAAGUCGAGAAAAGUUCUGACGUAGCGGAAAACACAGCUGUAAAACCAGCGGAGAAAGAGCAAGUGAAAGAAGAAAAGCCCGAGGAGCCGCUUCACAUCAAAGUGCCGCCGCCUCGCAUCCUGAAAGCAAAACGCUCACCGAAAGAAGUACGUGCUAGUGAUCCGCAGUACAAAACUCUCGAGCUAGACUUGAGUGAUUGGGACAGUGUGAAGAUUAUCAAGAAAAGUGAAGCCAACUUGGAUGAAAUCUUGAAAAAAGACGUGGCAUUAGAAGGCACGCAGAUCAGUGUUUCUGAUUUGCAAUAAGUUUAAAAGUCGGUAGUGGUUUGUCAUAUCUCUAUAAUUUGAGUAUCAUGUAAUAUGUGAGCAUUAUGGUUUUUUCUCGAAAGCUAAACACAUCAUAGUGUCAUUCAUGCUAUUAUCCUUACAAUUAUAUCAUAAUUAACUUU